AUGAACCCGCCGAUAAUCGAUGCUUCAGCAGCUUCGGACGAGAUCCGCCUUGACUGGACUUGGGAACGCUUCACUGUCGUUGACGCCGGCAACGGGGAGAUCGCGCUGCACAACACUUUCCACAACCGCUUCGUGCGCAUGAGCAGUACGGGGAUGGACACAAGCGGCUUCGGGGCUGCAGAUGAGCUUCCCGCAGACUCGAUCUGGGAGCGAUUCACUGUGGUCGAUGUCGGGGAUGGGUCCAUCGCUUUGCACAGCGGUGUUCACAACCGCUUCAUCUCACUGUCAGAUGAUGGGAGAGUGGGUGUGAGCGAGACGAAGAAUGCCUCAGACCUGCCGGCGCACCUUGAGCGCUUCCGCUUGGUGAAGGUCAAGCCCUACCUGGAGCCCGGCUCCACAGUGGCCUUGCACUGCGCACACUGGAACCGCUUCCUGCGCAUGAACUGGGUCCCGGACAUGGAUGGCAGCCCCGAGAUGAACGCGGACGCGCUUCCGUCUGGUUGGACCUGGUCGUACUACACCGUUGUCGAUGCCGGGCAUGGGAAGAUCGCGCUCCACAACGCUGUGCACAACCGCUUUGUGCGGAUGAACGGCGCGGAAAUGGAGACCAGUGUCCCGAUGGCCAGCAGCGACCUGCCUGCGAAUUCUGCGGGCGAGGCUUUCGCAGUGAGGUAUUUCCCGACUGGGGGCAUUGCCUUGCACAACACCUUCUUCAAUCGCUACGUUCGCAUGACAGACUGGGUGGUUAACAGCAGCGACCAGGUCGAUGAGCAGGACUUUCUGGAGCUAGUUCCCGAGCAGAAUUUCGACAUCGUGACGGUCGCCGAAGUCCCCGAAGCUAUGACCCAGGCUCGGAGGAAGUUUUUGGCUUCAGCGCGUGUGGGCGUGGGAAGCCUGUGGUCAGCGGCGUCAGCGAUUGUAGGCGUGGAAGGCCUUGGGCAAUUUGGCUCAGCGCGUGUGGGCUUGGAGCCGUUCAGGGGAAGCAAGUUUUCUGGUUGGUUGUCACUGACUGGUGUGCUGGCUGUGAGAUUGUUAUUUCCUGGCUGGCUUGGUGGUUUCUUUAGCGAGAUGUCUCAGGAGAAUAUGCCGCAGCAGCAGCAGGUCCAGCAGCCGCCUCCUGAGGCCCCUGUUGCGGGCUUUGCGCCUCAACUGCAGGAGCAACCGGCGCCAGCGGGCGUUCGACUUUUUUUCGCAAAGGCCUUGACGGCCACCCAGCUUGCCGCAGAGAAUACAGAGGAAGAGCUGCGUGGCCGGCGCGAGUGGAGCUUCCAGCUGGUCACUUGGCUGGUGGCUCACGAUGAGGACUUUGAGGACGACAUCGUUGUUGAGCAGUUUGCCAUCGCUGCCGUGAGCACGGAUGGGCCAGAGAUCAUUCGUGAUGGCCACCAUGUGCCGAUUUGGUUCACUUUGAACACCCUGAUGCUCACCGCCGUGGUCUCGGCAAUCACUGCCUUCGACUAUGGAGCUCUACCCCCUGAAGCCGAAGAUGCAGUCCAACAACCAGGGUGGUUCAUUCUUCCCUCCGGGCUACCUCUUCUCACCUUGCACCAUGUGACCGAGGUGAGCCUUGAAUCUGCAUUUCGGGAAACAGAUGAUGGGACCCACAUGGCAAUGUUUGUUCGGAAAGAGCGAGUGUGGGUUCAGGUGACGACGGCUCCCACGGUGAUGUUCCCAAGCGGCGGGAGUCAGGAGGAGAUGGCCGGUUUCCAUGAUGUGGCUGUGCUCUUUCAUGUGGAAGAACUUCCAAGCGACCUCCGGGAGAUUUUCACGGAGGUUGGCCCCGACGUCGGCAUGCAUGUUCCCAACGAGAGCCAGGAGAAGACGGACACUGGUGCAGGGGUUUGGGCCGAACGCGAUGUGGCAGGUCCGGCCCCUGAUGCUGGGGGAUGUGUGAGACUCCUUUGCGUGUGUUGA